GCGGCGGAGGGCGACAGGGGCGGCCCAGGUGCGCCCGGCCGCGUCGGGCCCGUCACUGCUCGGGGGGCGGCGCCCUCCCGUCGCCGCCGCAGUGGCCGGCGCCGCAGCGAGGAGCCAUGGGCAACAUCUCCUCCAACAUCUCGGCCUUCCAGUCCCUGCACAUCGUCAUGCUGGGCUUGGACUCGGCCGGCAAGACCACGGUGCUCUACCGGCUCAAGUUCAACGAGUUCGUGAACACGGUGCCCACCAUCGGCUUCAACACGGAGAAGAUCAAGCUGAGCAACGGCACGGCCAAGGGCAUCAGCUGCCACUUCUGGGACGUAGGCGGCCAGGAGAAGCUGCGGCCGCUGUGGAAGUCCUACAGCCGCUGCACGGACGGCAUCAUCUACGUGGUGGACUCGGUGGACGUGGACCGGCUGGAGGAGGCCAAGACGGAGCUGCACAAGGUGACCAAGUUCGCCGAGAACCAGGGCACGCCGCUGCUGGUCAUCGCCAACAAGCAGGACCUCCCCAAGUCGCUGCCGGUGGCCGAGAUCGAGAAGCAGCUGGCGCUGCACGAGCUCAUCCCGGCCACCACCUACCACGUCCAGCCGGCGUGCGCCAUCAUCGGCGAGGGCCUCACCGAGGGCAUGGACAAGCUCUAUGAGAUGAUCCUGAAACGCAGGAAGUCCCUCAAGCAGAAGAAGAAGCGCUCAGGGGACCUUUUGUCUGGAUGCCAGAGCUACUACUAAUGGGUGGGGGGCGCUGGGGAGUGGACGUGCCUGGCCUGCUGUCCGCCCUCCCGGCCCAGGUGGAAGGCUCAGAUGUCAGAGACAAAAGCGAUUUCUUCCUCCAGCGGGGCCAGAAGUUCAGGCUGCCCCGCCCUCACUGGGGGCUCCCACCUGUGAGUUACCGGAGGUAUGCGGUUCCCAGAACCCUGGGAGUACCUGUUUGGGGGCAUGAUGGCUGUGGGAGGUGCUGGGGGGGGCGGGUAACUGCUGCCCCUUGCGUUCAUGGGCUCUGGAAGCUGGAUAAUUUUAUGUCACAGGGCAGGCCCCUGUUGAAAUUUCAUUUGUCCUGCUCUGGGCCCAAACGAGGUGGGGGUUUGGGCCAUGAGAGGACUGCCCGGAACAAUACAGCAGCCCCAGAGCUCCGGGGGUUCCGCUGGCCUUGGCUGGUGAAUGGCCGCGAAGAUGCCCCUUUCCUGGUGCUUUAUGGUGGCUACGGAAGACCAGUUCGAUUGAGAACUGCUUUUCAGCCUGGAAUCAGACAUCUUCCAGAGGGUUUGGACACUGUCCAUGUGUAGGUCAUUAUCACACAAAGAGACCAAUAAAAAUUAAAAAAAAAGAAACUGUUGGAGGUGGUGGCAAAUGAUGUAUUUACUGUUUGCAGGAUAGUUAAAGGUGUUUAAAGGGUAAGGCUCUUGGCGUAAAUGCUGGUUGGGGUGUAUGUGUAGAUACAGGGACCUCCCUCUGUACUGUGUAAUCGGCAUAAAUACCUAGACCCAUAUGUGUGGAAUCUUAAAAUCUCUUAGCCUACUGAUUGGUUUGUGUAAGCACACCAGCUGCAGAUGUGUGCUGAAAUGCAAGAUGGUUUUUGCAAGGGAUGCCUCUUGUAAUACUAACCGCCUGAUGAUGGGUUUUGGUUUUCAGACAUGUUUUUAAAAAAAUUCUACAAAUGAAUACUCACCUUGGAAAUAUUCACCUUGGGGGGGGGGGGGGGAAAGACUUUGCUCUGCCCUUUUAGAUCCCUUUACGCUGCAAGUGGCAACAUGUUCAGAUUUCUAAUUUGGUUCAUUGUGGCCUAUCUGGUUUAAGUAUUUCAUUAGAAAUGUCUCGUUAGAGUAUUUGAUGUCAUGCACCAAAAAGUAAAACCCCACCUUGUUGCAAAAGCCGACCUCGUUGCAUGGAUUUAAGAGCGAAGGAAAAGCACAAGGAUGAGGUCCUUCCUAAUCCAUUCUUGUGGGAACUGGCCUUCGUAGCAAAUGCAGACAAUGAGUGCUUGAGAUAAAAGAAAGCGUGUGAUGUAAUGAUCACUGUACUCAGGCACUUCACAGUUUACUUGAAAGAGGCUUUGGAAAAUAGAUUAAGCAAAAGAAGAAUAAAUACAUAUUUUUAAUAAUGUAAUUUAAAAAUCCUUUAUAAUCAGGACUGAGUCUUGGUUUGCAGAAGAUGUCAUUUACCCUGAAACACAGUAUCGAAAGGGAAACUUAACACUUAACUGUUUGAUUUUUAUUUCCUCUUAAAAUUCAUGUUUACAGGUAGAAUUAUGUGUAUCGCCCCCUCCCCUCACUAUGAGAAAUUUCUUUUACGAAGGAGGCCUAUAGAAAUUGGGCAUGAUCAUGCUUGGGCAUGUGAGUUAGUCAAAUUAUAAAUCCAUGCCUAUUGUCCAUUGCACUCAGAAAGUUAAUUUAAGAACCAGAGGUUGAAGUCCUGGCUUCCUGCUUGAAACCCAAUUCUUAUAGGAAAUAUUGGAAAAGAGGAAACCUAGCCCAUCUUCCUUUUAUCUUUUGUCGGUGAAUUUGGUACCUCUCCAAUGCUGGUCUUUUUGUAGGAACUCAGUAGAGAAAAGAGAGCUAACGAAGUGUGAAAGCCUGCAGGAUUUCGGUUUACAUAUCGACAGCAUAGUCACUGAUUUCUAAAUGGGCUGGUCCCAUCAUCUGAAGAUUCUGUAUAGAGUUAUUAAAAAAAAAAAAAUCCAUCUUCCUUUAUUUUCUUCACAUGUAACAAUUUCUUAUGCACUUUGACAUUUUGGUAGUUCCACACUAUUGAGAGAAUAAUAUAUUUAUUUUGUGACAUUGCCAAUGCCAAAUACUGUCACCAUCUCGUGCUAACUAUACUUAGGUUCGAGAUCACUGUUCAGAUCCUGUCAUGCUUAACCAACGAAGCGACAUGAUUUUGGGUUUUGCAUUAUCAAGACUUAAGGGUGCAGUCAGCUGUUCGUAAUUGUGCAGUAAAGCCCUGUGGUGUGUCCACUAAUAGUUAAGAGUCUCAGUUGAUUUCUGUCAUGUUUGACCUAAUAAUAGCCCAUUUUUGUCUCUGACCAAACAGAGGAAGCGCACAUCAGAUCACCUUGGAGUGGUCCUGGGGGAGUUCUCUCCUACAUAUCAUCAGUGAUUUAUUAUACCUCCUGGCCUUUGGAGAAUGAAUGGGUUUCACACCGAGGAAGUUGGCCUCCCCACGUGAGCUUUUGAAAUUGUUUCUCAUAGACACAGGGAGGCCGAUUUUGUUUCAAACGGAUUCUCUUCACAGAUUCUCUGUCAUGGUGUUGGGACGAUGUCUCCUGGUUUCAGUUUUCGUUUCUACUGCUGUAAUUCUCUGUCCUGAACAUUCUUUUGUUCCUGUUCCCUUUUAUAUGCAUAUAUGAUGCUGUGAACAGAAAUAAAUUAUUUAUACA